GACUUUGAAUAGUUUUCGGACUACCAAUCAGACGUAUUACAUAAAUAAGAAAAUAUAUUUACAAAUUGAAAUAAAAUGGAAAACAGAAUAAUGAAGUUUAACUCGAAAUGUUUAAAUGUUUCUGCUAAGAACACCUCUGCGGCGUCCGAUGCCGAGCAGAUUUCCAAGUUGCGUGCAUCGCAGUCACCUAUCGCGAUCUCCCUGUCUCGCUGUCCGACAUGGACUUCCCUGGACCCUCUUAACUUCAAGGGCUACUGGGACAAUGCUGCUAAUGGCACGCUGAUUAACACUGGCCAAACAGCAUACUUUACGUUCGACACCGCGGCGCGACCGCGUCUUAGUGGUGGUCCGCUCAUCGGCGAGUACAUCUUCGAACAGAUGCACUUCCACUGGUCAGUCGAUGACUUCACCGGCUGCGAACAUGUGUUAGAUGGACAUGGAUACGCAGCGGAGUGCCACUUCGUCCACUACAAUAGCAAAUACCAGUCGUUGGAGGCGGCUGUUGGUCACCCUGAUGGAUUGGCAGUCGUAGGGUUCCUUCUAGAAGCAGUAGAUGCACCCAACCCUAGAUUUGAUAAGCUGGUCGAAGGGCUAGAAGCCAUUAAGAAGAGGGAUAUAGGCGUGCAAGUUACCUCCGAAUCGCUGUCAUGGAUGGAAAGAGACGACCUUUCUGAAGGCAGUUACGUCACGUACAAGGGGUCCUUGACGACUCCACCAUAUACCGAAUGCGUCACUUGGAUUAUUUAUGAGAAGCCUGUCCACAUUGGCACCGAACAGUUGGGACUCCUGCGAUCACUUGAAGGACCAGACAGUGCACCAAUAGACCGCAACGUGAGGCCGACACAGCGACACCCACCUGGCCACUCCGUCAUCUACGUCAAGCAAAUUAACUCAAAAUUAUAAAAAAAAAACAUAAUACAUAAUUCACACAAUGUCCGAGUUUUUUUGCGUCAAUUUACACAGAAUUCCGCGUGACGCGUUUCCGAACUCACCCUUAGAGCCUGUCCAGAUGAUGCGUUUUACGCGCGUUGUCAAUCAUGCAGGAAUCUAUGAAGUAAUGAAAUUUCUCUGUGGUAUGAAAACGCGAGUAAAUGGCGCCUUCUGAACAAGGUCUUCUCACAAACUCCCGGUUCCCGCUCAAAGACACUCCCACAGUAUAAACUAUUCUUUUUUAUAGCAGUCCCGACUAGUAUUAACACAGCACUGCAAGCGUAAAAUAGUUUAACUAUAGUACUUACAAUCUACUUACCUAGUACGAAUAUGUAACAUGACAGCUCGCGGAAAAGAGACCUUUUUGUGUUUUCAAAGGUUAAAAUAAUUACAUAUUAUGAGAUGGCAAAAAUUUAAGAGCACUUGUUUACCUGUUAAAAAUUAGGUCACACGUCGCUUUACAAUGAAGUUAUUGACAACAAUUUAUGCGUCACAACUACCUAUAGCAUAUGCGCGAAAAAGUUUUAUGUUUGUUCCGGGCCGGGAAGUGCUACUUUGUUCUAAACCUCGGCGAUUCAUAUAGGAUGGGAACGCGAGCAUACAAAUUAAAAAUAUAUAUAUACCUACUUACCUAUUAUACCUAUAGCUUCUGCUUCAGAAGUUCC